AUGCUGGUAACCUAUUUGGAAGCCAGCCGGGACCUUUGCGAGACGGACUCAGUUCUUUUAAGCGCCGCAGUGGCAGUUUGCCGUAUUAUUAGCGCCAAACUUGGCGUGGCUGGACGCGCUACUAAACAAAGUAGCGCCAUCCCAGCCUGGAGAAAAAGAAUUGAGGACCGUAUCACAAAGGCAAGGGCUCUUAUCGGCAGACUGACAAGCUUCAGGUCGGGUAAUGAUAGACCGAGGGUUGUGCGCACCGUUAUAAUGGCGUUUGCUGGAACAAAUAUCAGUUUGUCCCAGCCGGAUAUCACGCAGAAACUAAUGGAGCGCAUCGACGACCUGAAGCAAAAGAUUGCUGCUUGGGGGAAGAGAAUUCGACGAUUUACCGAGAGGUCAAGGCGGUUUAAUCAGAAUCGUCUCUUCCAGAGUGAUCAGAAGAGGCUCUAUAAAUUAUUGGAGCAACCAGAGGUAUGUGGAGCGGGCCCAGGACUGGAUCAGGCUAACACUGUCGCAUUUUGGCGUGGCCUGUGGUCAGAGCCCGUAAGCCACAGCGAGGGCCCUUGGAUAGAAGUUGUGGCGAGCCAGAGUGCAAGUGUUACGCCUAUGGACCCCGUCACCAUAACGCCAGAAGACGUGGCUGAGGCGGUCCAUAGGGCCCCGAACUGGAAAAGUCUGGGGCUCGAUGGGCUGCAUCAUUACUGGCUGAAGGGGUUCGUAGUGUGUCACGCUGUGCUCGCCCGACAGUUUCAAGAGGGUCUAGAUCAGGAGUCGCUGCCGAGCCUCUUCACUACCGCAAUCACUCACUUGGUUCCUAAAGAUCAGGAUACCACAGACCCGAGCAAAUACCGCUCCAUCACGUGUCUACCCACCAUAUAUAAGACACUGACAUCCAUUUAA